GGGCAGGCGAGCGGGCGGAGAGGCGCUCCACAGUGCUUUGGUGCUGGCAUGCAGCGAAAGGCCCGGCUGCUGCUUACCCGCCGUGGGAGGGCGCGCCGUCGACAAAUGGCCGCUCAGGAGUGCCGUCGGCGAGUUUAGGCUGCUGCCUGCGUCCGCCGUCGUGUCUUCGUCCGUUCGUGCUACGGUGAUCCCGUCGGCUGCUGGCGUGUCGCGUGUCGGUGCAUGUGCGCUGCGAGCCCGCCGUGCCCCGGGCCCAUGGAUGCGCUGCUGGCCCGGGGCCGGGCCCUUGCCGUCGAGCCGCUCGGCCAAGCAGCCGCCACCGGCGUGCGGCGGCGGCCGCCCCUGUGCCGGCCGUGAGGGCUGGUCGCCUCGGCUGCGAGACCAGGAGCAGCGGAGCGCCGUCGGGCUGUGCUUGUAUGCCACGGCGAGCUCGGACCAGUGGGCGCUAUGGUGCACUUUCAUGUUCACCAGUAAGCGGUGCAAAUUGGUGAAACGCCUCUGGGAAGAGCGAGCCAGGCUGGUGGGCUGCGACGAGUAUGAAGCCGUCUGUGCGCUGGAGGAGUGCGCCCACCGCAAGGCCGUCGAGGCCACGCUCAAGCGGAUGCGCGAGCCCCAGCUCGAGCUCAUGCUGCUCGCCGUGCGGAGCCGAGGCCGCAGCGGCAGAGCCUGCGUGCCGCUGGCCGUCGCCGACGCCUCCGAGGCGCCGCACGUGCUCUGCUGCCGGCUCUGGCGCUGGCCCCAGCUCCGCCACCACUGGGAACUUAGACGUAUGCCCUGGUGCGGGGCGUCGCCGCUCAGCGUUUGCUGCAACCCGUACCACUGGAGCAUCGUCCAGAGGCCCGAAUCCCCGCCGCCUCCUUACAGCCGGUUUCCGCAAGAGUCCUAUACACAGCAAGAUCGAGCGCCGAGCGAGCCCCCGCCAGGGUCUACCACCAUCGACUCUGACUCCACGUGGGCCCACCAGAAACGAGGUUCGGCGACGUCCACGGGUUCGGCGGCGGCGGCCGGCGAGGCCGGAGUCCGCGGCCACGCCGACGAGCCCUGGUGCACCAUCGCCUACUGGGAGCUGAACGAGCGCGUUGGCCCGCUGUUCCCUGUCCGGCAGCCCUGGCUCCACGUGACCUUUGAGGAGAGCGCGGCCCCCCCGAGGGGAGGCGUCGCCGACGCCCUGAGCCUGCUCUCCCUGGCGCGCUCCAAGACGACGCCGUGCAAGGAGGCCGUGGCACGGACUCGCGCCAAGAUCGGCAUGGGCGUGACGCUGCUCCACGAGCGCGACGGCGUCUGGGUGUACAACCGGUCCGAGCACGCCGUGUUCGUCACCUCGCCGACGCUGGACGGACCCCAGGUCCGGAACCUGACAGUAUUCAAGGUGCCGCCGGGCUACUCGCUGCGCGUCUUCGACUGGGAGCGGGCCCGGCGCUACUGCCGCUGCCCGCGGGUCGCCUCGCUGGACGGGCCCUUCGACCCGAACGCCGUGCGCAUCUCCUUCGUGAAGGGUUGGGGGCCCCGGUACAGCCGGCAGGCCGUCACGGCCCUGCCCUGCUCGCUGGAGCUGCUGCUCCGGCCGCCGGCCAGGUGACGCGCCCGCCGGGGCCACCACAGACCGCACCACCAGGCGAGCAGCGCCCCCGGCUGGCGGUUGGAACCGCCGCGCUGACUCCCUUCUCGCUGUUGUUCGCUGUGUCGCGACCGGGUCGUCCCUUCCUGGGAAGUCUGGACGACGAGAGACCCGCGCCGCCGUUUCUUUCCCGAAAAGCUCCGUUCGCUUUUCUUCGAACGCCGGUUUUUCGUCCCGGAACGAUUUCUCUGGCUGUUCUUUGUUGCCUUUUUACUAGGGAAAGAAAUAUACAGGCGGUGGCGAUGAAAGGAGCGUGAAGCGCUCCCAUAAAUAGCCUGCUCGUUUCUUUUUCUUUUUUUUUUUUUUUUUUUUUUUUUUAAAGGUUGUGUUUUUCGAGGGUCACGUUGUUGCGAGAAAAUAUGACGAGAUUUAAACGCUCUGGCCAUGAGUUCUGCGCGAGUCAAUGCGCGUUGAGUUUGCGCUAAUUCUAGACUUACAUCAGCGAGGAGCUUGUUCUUGCACAGACCUGGAGGGGCGCAUCCACAUCGAGGAAGAGACGGUAAUAAGUUCGAGAAUUCAAGAUUGUUUAAACAGGGGGUUAUACUUUACAUUGCCCCCCCCCCCCCCUUUUUUUUUUUUUUUUUAGUUGGGAGUUUAAUAUUUGUUUCGUAUGUCAUUCUCAUUACGAUGUGACCCUCGAAAGAAUAUAACAAAUGCACCUUAAGCUUCCGGUUAGCGUUUUUUUUUUUUUUUUUUUUUCCCUUAAAAGUGUAUGUGAAGUGAAAGGGGAUUGGCAUCAUCUCGCCCGAGUUUUGAACAAAAAAUAAAAAAAGCUCCGCGACUUUUGGUGAUAAGUUGUAUAUUGUAUAUGUAUGUAUAUUUAAAAUAAAAUGUUAGGAUUACGAAAAAAAAAAGAAUGUUGGUGUCACCUACCGCUGAAGCGUGACCGAAGGCUUCCCGCCACACUCUCCACUACUGCUUCCACUCUUGUUUUCGUACACGAGUCAGUUAUUUAUUAUACGAUACCAGUUGUGAAGUACUGCCUCCUUCUUCCACUUUGCCCCCCCCCCCCCCCCCCCAUCCUCCCUCCCUCCCUCUUCUGUUUCUCCUCUACACCUUUCUUUUUUUUACGGGUUCUUUUUUUUUUUUUCGUCGAAAAGUACAAAAUGUUUGUUAUGUCGGUGUUGCUGUAGUCUGCUUUUACAACGCAUUCGUUGGCUUAGGUGAGUGCGUGCUAUGCUUCGUCGACAUCUUAUUUUGACAUUGUUCGAAGGAAUGGAGACUUGUCGAAAUUGUUUCCUUUUUCUUUUUUUGCCUUUUUUGUUUGUUUGACUUGGUGUAAUGAGGAAAGUUUGUUUAGAAAAGGUUACUUAACUGAACGACUCCGAUCGUUUGUCAACUUUUGUGCCCCAACUGAAUCUUCUGCCGUCUGUGUUGUACUGCAAGGAACAAAGUUAAGUGGUGUAAUAACGCUGUAGUGUCAAAGUUUUAAAGUAUAUCUGACAUGCUAGAUUUGUGUAAUCGAUGCAGCGUCAGUUGCAUUGAUUUUUAUUUCAUUACUUUCCGUUGUUAAGAGCGAGGAAUUAACUUUAAAAGGAAUCGUAAUGUACAGCACCGCCUUUCCUGGCUAAGCCUGUCUAGGUUCCGUCACUGCAGCGUAACAUUGCAUGCUUUCUUUAUGUUGUUCGCGUCACUUAUUUUCUUUGCUUCGCUUUGUGGGAGUUUUUUUGUCAGAAAUCUCAACUAGUGCCGUAAAAUAUCCAGCGAGCGCCGACUCAAAAUUGUGGUAGUAUUGUGACCAACCUGCAUACUCUCAAUCUCUGCCCCAUUCUGCAAUUUACGGAACUCGGAAUGUGAGCUCUUGCUCUGGCGUAGGCGCGAGCUCGGUGUUCUAUGGUAAACACGCAAAAAAAAAAAAAAAAAAGAGAGCUUUUUUUUUUUUGGUAGUUUAGUUAAACAGUGCUCCUAUUAAAUGAUGAAAAGUAAGUGCGUGAUCAACUCUCAGGGGGUUUUGAGUUUCAAUCACUCAUUUGGUUCGAUGAAACCACACUCGCUUGUUAUCAUGAGGUGUGACUCUUCCCUUUCCUUCCUUUUGGUUUUUCCUGUCCUCUCUGGCUGUAAGAAGAAGCCGUACAUCACUUCAAUUUUUUUUUUUUUUUUUUUUUUUUUUUUUUAUGCCCAGUCGUACAUCGUGCCCUUGACAGGCCACGAAACACCCAAACACACUUUCCGUUUUUAAAAAUGUAAACCACAUUUUUUUUUUCUUUUUUGCACUUUGUUUAUACUCAGAUCAUUGGCAUUUCGGUACAGUUUCGAGGUUGUUCGACAACACUCUAAGGCAUGAUCAUCUUAGCUCACUGAUGGGCUGACGAGCCUGAACAUUAUUGGUAGAAUCAGUGGGGAAUUGUGUCACCCUUCACUCCGUUCUUGUCUGUUUAUAUAUUUAUAUAAAUACGUACGUGCAUAAAUGUAUGUAUCUGUUUAUAUAUACACAUCUUAGCUGGCGCGGUUGUGAAGAGUGACAGGUGGCUGCAAUGCGAAGCUUGGACGAGUUGUGGCUUAACUUUCCUCUAUUUUUUUUUAUUACUUUUUUCAAAUUAUUGUUUUGUUGUUUUUUUAGGCACAGCGUUUGAUGUACUGUGAUGGUGCAGUUCAAGUCUAAAGUAAACCUUAAGUGUUAACCCGACUUUCCAAUCUUUUUUCUUGCUCAGUUUUUUUUUUUUUUUUUCUCUCUUUCCUCUCUGUUUUUUGAAACAAACGCCUUUCAGAGAGGUUCAAAUUUGUUCUAAGCAAAUGUGCAUUAAUUUUUUUUCCUCGGAGGUUUUACUGAUUUUGUUGCGUGUCAUUUCUUUCCGCGGGAGCAUACAAAAUUUAAGAGAAAGAAAGCUUUAAGGCGCCACACUUUUUUUUUGUGUGUGGUUUUUGUUUUUCUUAUUGUAUGUGUGGAAAGCGCUAGACAGCGCCAGUCCCUCCCACGAUAAUACUUGCGGUUAAUUCUAUUGAACCGUUGGCAGCGCUGGUCUCGUGGAAGCAUAACGUAGGGAAGGCGUCUCGGCCGUUUUAGCUCGGGCAGUACUUAACUACGACCCCGUGGUGCACGCGUUUUGAGCACACAUGUCGAGGUGUCCGCUCCUUAUUUUCCCGUCGUUUCUCGAAUCGUGUGCGCGUUCCCUCCAUCUUCAAGUUGGGACUCUCGUGGGACAGAUAGUAAUUUUUAUUAUAAGUUGGGACUCUCGUGGGACAAAUAAUAAUUAUUAUUAUAAGUUGGGACUCUCGUGGGACACUAGUGACGACACCAGCGGGUACGAAUCCGCAAGGACACUUUUUCUUUUUUUUUUUGUUCUCUCUUCACUGGAGGCAUGUGCCGUUUGACGGUCGUGAGAAGGGUUGACUAGGGGGCAAUGUGCCUUUUUCUCCCCGUAGCCACCUCCGAGCACGUCGAGUGCUCUGGUGCGUGAAGCUUCACUGAACCUCUCCUCGCUCCCAGCAACCCCAUCCCUUUGUCCGCUUUGUCAAGGCUUUCAAUUCUGUCGACCAGUAUCCGCACAGCACUUUACCGAGCCUCUCAGGUCCUUUUUCCUAGAAUGGAGUGAAGAAUGUGUUUGGAAUCCUACUGUUCCUCGCGGUGGCAGAUGUUCCCAUGUUCACCUCACCAAUGUCCCUUUUCCUUUAAUAUAUAUAUAAAUAUAAAUAAAUAUUCUCGUUCAUUCGUGGCAUCUGUGUUCGUUCAGUCAGAAGGUCGCCGUAUGUUGCUAGUAUACUUUUCAUUAUCAUCGUUUUUUUUUGUUUUCCGUUUUUUACUAGUAAAGUGAGAUUGGGACGGCACUUUGCCGCCUCCCUUUACUGCUUCUUCGGGCACGUUCUGAGACGGCGAGUCUCGCUGUGAAGCCCCCCCUCCCCCCGGUUGCUUUGGUGUUGUCGCAGGAACCUGCGCAAAGGGUGUGUGCCAAAACCUUGUCAUUACGUACAGUGGCAGGACACUAAGCGAAAAAAAUACGCGCAAACUUAAAAAAGCAAAAAAAAAAAAAAAAAAAAAGCGUUGUUGGAGUGUGUGUGUGCCCCCGCUGCGUGCUUUGUCUGGCACAGCGCGCGUGUGUGCCUGUGUGUUGUGCCCCCGACGGUAACUCCGCGAAACAAAUUCCAUCCACAUUUUUGUACCACUUUCUCUCCGCUGUUAGCAGCUAGGUAGUGCAAAAUAAGCUGCGUAAAAGUGCCUCGUUUGAACGUGUCUGUGCGUCUGUUUUGAACGGGAUUUCGAGAGUUAGAAGUGAUACUAGGUAUUGUAUUCCUACUUUUUUUUUUUUUUCUCCUCCUUUCUUCCUGAUACAAGCUGUGUUUGUGGCUCUAGAAGCUCAAGCGUCCUUUUUGCAUUGGUAUGGAAGCGACAAUCCAGUACCACUCUGCCUGCCUACAAUGCCUUACAAGUCUAGUGGUUUCAGAGGUGUGCGUGCGUAUCCGAACGAUUUUUUUUUUUUUCUUCUGAAUGCUUCGUUUGCUCAAGCUAUAGGCUGUGUAUCAUACGUUGUAAGUGCCGAAGCGGAUGACUUAACCUUCGUUUGUUGUUUUCUUUAUUUUGCUUUCUUUGUACAGACUGUAAAGUGUAAAUAUGUAACACUUUUUUUUUCUUUGUAGAGCCGUUUUUCUUUUCCCAUUGUCUCCUUCAGAUUGUGACCCGUUUCGCGUUGACAAGGGCGCGCGCGGCUUUGUACAAAUUCUGUCAAAGUGUACAAACUUGGAAAUAAUGAUACUUUCUACUGUAAUAAAGAGAGAUAAUCCUAUA